AUGAGUGGAUUUACACAUUAUAAGAUAGAAACAAUAGAAUAAAGAGGAGAAGGAUAUCCUUCAUAGAGAAGUAUAUAAUAAUAUGGGAACACAUAAAUUAAGUGAAUAAUAAUAAUAUUUAAUAGGAAUGAGGAGUAUCGAAUUUAGGUUAGUUCACCAAUCACAGAACAAAUAGUGAUAACCGAUUAAUCAUCUUUUUAGAAAAUAAUUGAAGCAAAAGAAAGAGGUAAAUGUAUUCGUUAUAAUAAAGAAAUAACAAAUCUUAGGGAAAGUGUAAAGUCGUUAAAUAAUCAAAUAUAAGAUUAAUUGAAAGAGUUAGAAAUUUGGAAGAAUAAAUAUAGAUAACUAUAAUCUGAAAAAGGUUUGAGUAGAAUAACAACAACUGGUUAAUAAUAAAAUGAUUGGGAAUUAUAAUAAUUGAGAGAGGAAGUAAAUAAAUUAAGACAAGAAAAUAAUGAAUAUAAAUUUAAAUUAGAGAGAAAUGUAAAUGUGAAUGUUGUUUCAAAUAGUUUUGAAGUGAAUUAAUUGAAACAAUAAAUAAUAUCUUUAGAAGAAUAAUUAAGAUCUAAAUAAUAAUCAUUUACUUAAUAUACAUCAUAUAAUAAUAAUUCAUAAGAAAUAAUUUAAUUAAAAGAUUAAAUUAGAAUAUUAACAUAAGAAAAUGAAGAUCUUAUUAAAGCUAAGAAUUUACUUAAUUAAUAAUUUUAGUAAUCUUAAAUAUAAUGGUAAUAAAGUGCUUUUAGAAGUACUUAAAAUUAGGAUUUUGAUUAAUCUAAAGCACUUUAAAAUGAGAGGGAUGAUUUAAGAAGAAAAUUAAAAGUUUAAGAAGAUCGAAUUGUAGAAUUAUAAUAAGAAAUUUAAAGAUUAAAUUUUAAUUGUGAUUCAUAUAUUUAAGAAAUAUAAUAAUCAUAAUUAAGAUUAACUUCAAAGAAUUAAAAUUCAGAAAUUGAGGGUUAUUUGAAAAGGAUUUCAGCUUUAUAACAUGAAGUUUUGGUAUGGUAAGAUCGUUAUAAAGCUAAAGAAGUUUAAGAAUUAUCAUAUGCUUAAGAAUAAAAAGUAACAUAAAAGGAUAAUUAGAUAUUAUUUUUAUAAGAUAGAAUAAAAUAAUAUGAAAUUUAAAUGGAUUAAUUAAGAUUAGAAAUUGAUAAAUAAAGAAAAGAUUUUGAUGGAUAUAGAGCUACUUAUGAAAGUAGAAGAACAGAUUAAGGAGAAGUGGAAAGUUUGAAAAGAAAGAUUGCAGAAAUGGAAUCAGAUAUUUAGAUUUUAAUUGCUGAUUUAUAAGAAAGAGAUUAAAGAAUAAGUAUAACAUAAAAUGAAUAUGAGGAGGAAAUUAGAAUUUUAAAGAAUUAAAGUUAAGUUUAAUAUUAAAGUGAAAUUAAUAAAUUAAAAGAAGAAAGAGAAAAAUAUAGAAUUGAUUAUGAAAGAUUGUCAAAUGAUUAUAUGAAUAUUUAAAGAUAAAGUGAAUAAUAUAAGAGUAAUUCUUAUGAAGUUGAUUCUUUAAAAUAAAGAAUUAUUGAAUUAGAAUAGUAAUUAAGAAAUACUACAAAUCAAUAUUAAUCUUUAUAAGGUUAAUAUUCUUAACUAUAAAUUUAAUCAUAAUAAUAAUAAUAAUCUUAAUAUUCAGUAAUUAACAUUAAAGAAGAUUAUUAAAAAUUAUAAUCUUAAUAUACUUUGCUUUAAUAAGAAAAUAUGUAACUUAAAUAAUAGAAAUAAUAAAUUGAGAGUAAUUCCUAUUAAUAUAAAAAUAUUUAAAGUGAUUAUUAAGCUCUUUAAGACAGAUACAAUUAAUCAUUAAAUGAAAUCUAAUAAUUAAAUGAAUAAGUUAGAAAAUAUAGAAAUGAAUAUGAUUCACUUAAUUAAAACUAUAUUUAAUUUUAAAGAGAUAGUGAAAUUAAAUUUUCACAAACUAAUAAUAAAGAAUUAGAAAUUAUGAAAUCUCGAAUUUCUUAAUAUGAAUAAUAAAUUUAAUAAUUAAGAAAUUAAUUAUCUAGCUAAGAAAGUUAAUUGGAAUAAUAAUUUAAAGAGAGAUUGAGAGUUGAAAUGUAUUAAAUUGAAUAGAAGGUAAAUAGUCAAGGUAUGAUGGAAUACUAAUAAUUAUAAACUAAAUAUAAUUAAUUAAAAACUUAAUAUGAUUAAUUAUAAUAUAGAUAUUAAGAAUAAAAUAAUGAAAUUAUGGUGAUUAAAGAAAAAAGCACUAGGGAAAGUUAAUUUGAAACUUAAAGUUUAAAGGAUUAAUUAUAAUAGUAUAAAUAGACUAAUAUGUAAUUGAAUUAGGAUAUAACAAUUUUAAAAGAAUAAAUUUAAAAAUAUAGAAUGGAUUUUGAAUAAGCAAAUUAAAAAUAUGUUAUGAUUUAAAGGGAAAGUGAGAUGAAUAAAUAGAAUAUUGGUGAAAUAGAAAAAUUAAUGGCUAGAAUAAGGGAAUUAGAUUUUGAUUGUUAAUAAAAAAAUCAAUAAAUAAAUAAAUUAUAAAUGGAAAUGAGAAAUUAAGAAAUUGGAAUAAGAAAUGAAUUGGAAUAAUAAUUUAUUUCUAGAUUGAUGAUUGAAAGAUAAAAUUUAGAGAGUAAAUUAUAAACAUAAAGUUAAGGUGAGACUCAAAAUUUAUAAUAUUAAUUAAAAUCAUUACAAUAAGAAUUAACUUAAUAUAAAUAAAGAUAUUCAUAAUUAGAAUAAUAAUUUAAUUAAUCUAAAAUAGAAAUCACUUAAAUUAGAUCUUAGUAAUCAACUGUAAAUUUAGAUUAAGUUAAAUAAUUUUAAUUAAGAAUAACUGAAUUAGAACAUGAAAAUUAAACAUUAAAUGUUGAAAUUGAAAGACAGAGAAAUAUUAGAAAAGAAUAAGAAAAUAAAAUAUAAGUAUUGAUUACUAAUAUAACUAAUUAUGAAUCAAGAUUACAUAUAUUAGAAUAAGAGAAUGCUAGAUUAGAAACUAAAGCUAAAAAAUAAAUUAUAAUAGAUAAACCUAGUGAUUAAUAUAUUGUUAAUUAAUUAUUAGGAUAAUAAAGUUAAUAGGUAAAAACUAAUAUUAUUACUACUACAACUAAUGUCUAAAAUGUUUAAGGUAGUGGUAUAGUAACUAGAUAAUCUGGAAUGAAUUAAAUAAGUUAAGUUCCAUCCUCUUAUAAUCAAUAUUAUGAUUAACAUAGAUUGCAAUCAUAAAAUGAAAUUAAGCAAUCUCAAUUUUCUUAGAGAAUGUAAAGUCCAUAACCUUAGGUUUCAAAUUAUUUGAGUCCAGAUAAAAAGUAAAAGAUUUAUUUUAUAUUAUUUAUUAGUUUUUAAACACAAAAGAUUACAACUACAAAAAGUGUUAAAUAAGCAAUUAUGUCAUCAGCAAAUUAAUGA